AUGGACGUUGACGACGCCCUUCCGCCUGCCAUCCGUCGCUCACCUAGGGCCGCUCUGGAAGCACAGAAGCAGUACAGGGACCACCGAACCUAUGUUUUUGACGAGUCCGACGAGGAUCUAGAUGAAGCAGCCCCACCUCCAAUAGCGCGCAGUCGAUCUGCUUCGCUUGACGGUGAAGCCACAAGUCGUCCUGCCACUUCAUCAGGUGUCAAUCCGCUUCGGUCGCAUCCAGUCGAUGGGCCUCCGCCAAAGAAUCCCGCUCGCCAGUUUUCUCGUCCGUUUCGAAGUCAGGAGGUGCAAGAUGUACCGUCACCUGAUCCGGAUCCCCCACUUGAGCCGCCGUCUUCACGGCGACACCCACGCGGCCUCAUAUCAUACAGAAACAACAAGAGAGAGAUCAGCAACAUCAAGCGAUUUCCUCCGCAUCUGCGACGACAGACUUCGUUGGAGACUAUCAACUCAGUGACCACAACGGGAGACGAUGAUCAGAGCAUCUAUGGCCACGAUCCGCCUGAAGCCGAGGCCCCUUCGCCAGAUUGGUUUACCCUGGAAGAUGAUCCGCCUACCAACCCUCCACCAAGUAUCAUGUCUAAGCCGUCGUCGAUGCACUCUUCAAGUGGAAGCUCGAGGCGAACGUCUACGCCCGUAGAAACGCCCUUGGAGUACGGGAGCCUUGAUCAUCAUACACCGCAGUCGCUGUUUCGAAAAAUGAUGCCUCGAAGAUUGACAGAUAAGACGCCAGAUCCUCCUCCGAGCCCUACUCGCCUGGUUAUAGCAAAGUCGACCUCUGUUGAUCGUACCUCCGCUCACAUAUCCAACUUUUCAAGAUCAACGACUUCUCUAUCGGAGGAGCAACGAUCCAUGCCAGAAGAACGCUCUCUACAGUCUAUACUUGACAACGUCGAGCGAAGUCGAUCUGGGUCAAAAUCAAGCGGAAGCAGUAAAUGGAGUGCAAGCGACUUCGACACGAGUACUUUGACUGAAGCUGAGCUCAAAAAGUGUCAUAAGAAAGGCAUUAAUCCAGCCUUGUACGCUGAGAUGCGAGCAGCCAAAAAGGGCAAAUGGACUAGUCCCAUAGCUGGCAAUACCUUCCUAUAG